UGUUAGAACAAUUUGAUUUCAAUUGCCAAGAUAAUCGAAGUUAGGUUAAAUACAAACGUUGUGACCACAUAGUUUUAAAAUAGUUUACCGUUCGACCUUAACAUCACGCUGGUUGGACAUAUAUUUUGUGUUCGAAGACCUCUGUGACCAACAAGGUUAAUUUUCCUUUUUUAUUUACAAAACGUCAAACCAUGAUACACGAUGGAUGACAGCUAAAACUUGUAAAAAAAGAUUUAACGUGUUCGGAAGUUGCUCGAUCAUAAUUUAAAUAUACAUUACUGUGCAGCUGCAAUACACGUAAAAAACAAAAAUGAGUUUCACAUUCCAAGCUUCAAAUCAACCGGCCAUUACUACUUGCGCGACUAAUUCUCCAAGCACAACAGCUUUUACGUUUGGAGCGACCGGUGCUGGAGAUGCAGGGAAACCAACAGGGUUUUUGCAGACAUCGACACCGGUGCAAAAUAAACCCGGUAGUAUGUUUGGCACCGUAUUAAGUACAACCACCGCGCAAGGUACAGGAUUUGGUUUUGGAACACCACCCGUGGCUCCUUCGAUCGCCACGACUCAACAAACACCCGGUUUGACCUUUGGCACGGGUACGGUUGCAAGUACCGGUGUAACUCCCGGUGCUACCAGUACAGUGGCGCCCACAGGAUUCUCGGCAGCAACUCCAGCUGGAAGUACCCUAGGUUUUAGUUUAGGAAGUUCUACAGCGGCUACGACGGCGGCUGUACCUACGUCAGGUUUUGUAGCCAAGCCCCUCACCAGUGGAUUCUCCUUGGGAGGCGGUGAAGCCACCUCCUCCGCUGGAACAACGGGUCUAACGUUUGGUACACCGAAUACAAUGACAACAGGAACAGGAUUUACACUCGGUGCAGCGUCUACCGCGACGACAACAUCGACCACGACGACUUCGGCAACAGGUUUCUCGUUGAACACGACGGGAACAACUUCCGCGGCCACGGGAUUCUCGUUAAACAAAACUUCUGCUGCCCCGAGCCUUACGACCUCAAGUGCUCAGUUAUCAUUAGGAACGACUACUACUGUUAGUUCAUCUGCAAGCGUGAAUCCGCCGGCAUCCAUAAACUCGUUCGAAGAGUCGAUCAACAAAUGGACUUUAGAAUUAGAGGAGCAGGAGAAAGUAUUCGUUAACCAGGCUGCACAAGUUAAUGCUUGGGAUAAGUUGCUUAUAUCCAACGGAGAAAAAAUAGUAGCCCUUAAUCAAGAGGUCGAAAGAGUGAAGAUCGAACAGCAACAAUUGGAGCAUGAAUUGGACUAUGUUGUUGGCCAGCAAAAAGAAUUGGAGGACUUUUUAGUACCAUUGGAGAAGGAACUGGCGUCACUUCCGGUUUCCGAUCCGGAAAGAGAAUACACGUAUCGCUUGGCGGAAGAUCUCGACACGCAACUGAAACGUAUGUCGGAAGAUCUGAAGGAGAUCAUCGAACAUUUGAAUCAAGCUAACCGCACGCAAGACUCCAGCGAUCCGAUCGUUCAAAUUGGUAAGAUAUUGAACGCGCACAUGAACAGUUUGCAGUGGUUGCACCAACAGACGAGCCUGCUCAAUCAGAAGAUACAACAAAUCGAUCAGCUGCAUCAAAACAUCAAACAGGAAAACGAACAAAGUUUCAACCUAGCGUAUAAAUAAUUUUAAUUCGCCCAAUUUUUUUGUAACCGUACCGUUUGUUUUUAUGCGUUAAGAAAAAUGAAACGCGCGGCGCGAGUCGCGUAAAAAAAAAUAUAAUAUGUACAUUGUAUAAGAAUA